AUGGUUAGCUUGCAGGUUGAUACCAACCCUCCUUCCAAAGUAAAGAGAGGAACACGAACUAUUGCCAAUGUGAAGGAUCAAUUCUUUCUUGGAGGAAUACCAGGUUUGUUCUUGAAAAAUAUCAAUAUCUAUACGUACACACACAUUUUCUGACGAAAUUGUCAUUUUCCUGCCAAUUGCGUAGUUGGUUGGUAAAUUAGUUUUGUCACAACAUAGCCGGUCAUUUUUCUUUCAAGAGUGUUAUCACUGAACCUGGGCAGACCGAAUUUCUAAAGGAAAAAAGACAGGAAACAAUUUUAGCCUAAUAAAAAUGAACGGAAUUCAACAUUUUCUUGAUAUUUAAAAACAUGUCUUGUUGCUGGGACGUCGCUGAUCAUAACGUAAAGGCCUGUUUACACUUUCUUCUUCUGGCGCAUGUGAACGAGUGGAAGAGUUAUGAAUGUUUCGAUGAGGGUAAAUAUACUCAGAACAUUCAUAGUCAUCUGUUUGUUCACAUCAUAGAUAUCUUAUAUAUACUAGAUAGUGCAUCUCUUUUAGUAAAAUUGAAGCCAAGAAUAUUCCAGCGGUUACCACCAUUUGAAUAGAUGGCGGCCAUGUUGGAGUUUCCCACUCACUAAUAAACGCUUAAAAAAGUUUAAAACAACAAUAACGUUCAUCAUUUGAAUGGUUUAAAAAUGUAUUUGUAACAGGUUUAACUAUUAGUUCAAGUUCCCUGUAUAAGAAAUAGAAAACAUACGAAUCUUCUCAUUUCAUGGGAAUAUCAGUUGUAAUUCCAAAAUUUCUGCUAAUACUGUAAAAUGACUUGCACAAAGUAUUAUAUACCGUUUGACGAGAGUUAGCAAAUGGAGGGGGGGGGGGUCAAAAUGAAAUUGAAAAAAAGAUCUCAGUUUGCCGGGACGGGAUGUAAGGCGAGGUGAUUUUGAUGCAUUGAAAUAAAUCACUAGGCUUAAACGAAUGUUCAAACGCCGGUUAAAAGAGCUCAACUGUUGUCAAGAAGAUCCCGUUGUUCAUGCUGUUGUUGAACCACCUUCCUUUGACAAUUAUACAAUAAUCUAUCACAAGAAAAAGAAUGCAGUUUUUUUUAGUCUGGCACCCUGACUAGUGACUAUUGAAAUAAUACAUCGAGUCAUCCCACUCUUAGAGUGUUGACUGACACUUUUCACCUUUGUGUCCUUAUCCAACACGAAAAUGGAGCUUGCGAUCUUACAUAAGAAUCACUUCACUUUGUUGCCAAAAAGUAGUUCUUUUAUCUGUAUUUUCACUGUUAUUCACUUUAUGAAAAAUCGUAUUGUUUUAGAGAAUGUCAGGUCAGUUGGUAUUAAUGUGAGGUCUUCGUAUCAAGGAUGUCUCAAGAAUUUUAGGAUCAAGGAUUCUUCGGUUGUCGAGUUGUCCAACCCAGCAUCAAUGUUUGGUGAUAUUUCUAUGUUUGGUUGUCCCAUCGCUGAUUAG